AUGACGUUCAUGAAGGAUUCAAAAAGAAAUGACAGUGUGGCCCAAGGUUCUCAUUUUGUGGGUGGUGGCUGCAGUGGCUGUGGUGGUGGCUGCGGUGGCUGUGGUGGAGGCUCUGGUGGUGCCUGUGGUGGCUGUGGUGGCUGUGGUGGUGGCUGUGGUGGAGGCUGUGGUGGUGGCUGUGGUGCCUGUGGUGGAGGCUGUGGUGGAGGCUGUGGUGGUGGCUGCAGUGGUUGUGGUGGUGGCUGUGGUGGAGGCUGUGGUGGUGGCUGUGGUGUCUGUGGUGGAGGCUGUCGUGGUGGCUGUCGUGGUGGCUGUGGUGGAGGCUGUGGUGGUGGUUGUGGUGGUGGCUGUGGUGGCUGUGGUGGCUGUGGUGGUGGCUGUGGUGUCUGUGGUGGAGGCUGUGGUGGUGGCUGUGGUGGUGGCUGUGGUGUCUGUGGUGGAGGCUGUGGUGGUGGCUGUGGUGGUGACUGUGGUGGUGGCUGUGGUGGUGGCUGUGGUGUCUGUGGUGGAGGCUGUGGUGGCUGUGGUGGUGGUUGUGGUGGUGGCUGUGGUGGCUGUGGUGGAGGUUGUGGUGGUGGUUGUGGUGGUGUCUGUGGUGGUGGUGGCUGUGGUGUCUGUGGUGGAGGCUGUGGUGGUGGCUGUGGUGGCUGUGGUGGCUGUGGUGGCUGUGGUGGCUGUGGUGGAGGCUGCGGUGUCUGUGGUGGAGGCUGUGGUGGUGGCUGUGGUGGUGGCUGUGGUGUCUGUGGUGGAGGCUGUGGUGGUGGCUGUGGUGGCUGUGGUGGUGGCUGAGGUGGUGGCUGCAGUGGCUGUGGUGGAGGCUGUGGUGGCUGUGGUGGAGGCUGUGGUGGUGGCUGUGGUGGCUGUGGUGGAGGCUGUGGUGGUGGCUGUGGUGGCUGUGGUGGCUGUGGUGGUGGCUGA